AUGCGGCUCCCACGCCCACUUCUCGGCGCGCCUUCGCCGCUGAACUGCCUCGUCCUGAUCCUACCCCUCCUCGAGUCGACGUUAGCUCGCGCCGCCGAUGUCGAAAUCGAAGUCACAAAGUCCGCGUCGUGCUCGCGGAAAUCGCAGUCGGGCGACAGCAUCGAGGUGCACUAUCGCGGCUCGCUACAGAGCGACGGCAGCGUGUUCGACGAGAGCUACAAGCGAGGCAAACCCUUCUCGUUCACUCUCGGCGCCGGGCAGGUCAUCCAGGGCUGGGAUCAGGGCUUGUUGGACAUGUGCAUCGGCGAGGGCAGGAAACUAACCAUCCCACCCGAGCUAGCUUACGGCAGGAGUGGCAACGGACCCAUCCCGCCGUCUUCGACACUGAUUUUCGAGACGGAGCUCAUGGGCAUCGAGGGUGUGGAUCCGGACGCUGAGCCAGAAGGCCCACCACCCCCGCACCCGGGAGAGGAGCAGCACGGCGGCGAGGACGGGCCAAAGCACCAUCGGCCAGACGAUAACGGCGAAUGUCGACUACUCGGUCCUUUCGCGCUGUUGAUUCAGGGCGCGCUGGGACUGCUGGCCCUGCUAUCGUUGGUGUGGAAGCGCUACCGCGAAAGGCCGAGACGCCCGGUCAAGGUUUGGGCUUUCGACGCUUCGAAGCAGGUUGUGGGGUCCAUGAUGUUGCACCUGGCCAACUUGUUCAUGUCGAUGCUCUCUUCCGGGGAUUUCAGGGUCGCCGCGGAGGAGCGCCUGGAGAAGCACAAGCCGGGAUUCGCUCAGGACAAGGACAUGCCGAACCCGUGCUCCUUCUACCUCCUUAACCUCGCUAUUGAUACCACGAUCGGCAUCCCCAUUCUCGUAGGACUCCUCCGUGUUCUGCACGCCCUCUUCCUGCGGACGCCGCUGGCGACCCCGCCCGAAUCCAUCAAGUCGGGCCACUACGGGCAGCCGCCGCGGACCAAGUGGUGGCUGAAGCAGUGCUUUAUCUACUUCCUCGGCCUGUUUGGCAUGAAAUUCUGCGUCUUCAUCAUCUUCCAGCUGCUGCCGUGGCUCGGCUGGGUGGGAGACUGGGCGCUACGCUGGACGGAGGGCAACGAAGUGGUGCAGAUUGCCUUCGUGAUGCUCAUUUUCCCCCUCAUCAUGAACGCCAUGCAGUACUACAUUAUCGACUCCUUCAUCAAGGACCCGGCCGGCGACGACUCACACAGCCAGCUACGCUCUGGAGAUGGGUCGGAAGAAGAGGAGGAACGGAGGCAUCUGAGACAGAGCCUGGACGACGACAGCGAUGACGAUGACGACUACACGUUGGGAAGAGACAGUAUCGAGCCGCGGAAACGACCCAGCAGCAUCAGCACCCAAGACGUUGCGCUCAAAGAGGCGAAUCCGACACCUGUGCCUCAGUAUGAUGACUCCACGAUCGGGGCGUCGAGCUCGAGCAGUCCGCGCAGCACGCGGAGCGGGACUUUGGAAGGCAAAGACGAAGAAUUUACCGGACGGAGGUGA